UUUGUUUAGUUUACCAUUACUAUUUUUACUGGUUCGUUUCACGACACGGUGUUCUUUCUAAUUUUGUUGAUCUCUUAAAAACAUUGAUAGGUUUCAGCCAUAUUUUCAUUUUAUGUUUUGAAUUUUAGUGUUGAUUUAUUUUGUAAUAGCGUUUUUCAGUGCUACGACUUUACUGGUUAAUUUGUCAGCUGUCCAAAGCUAGCAUCCACCAUUCGAGUCUGCAUUCUCAGAGUGGCAAUUUUUAAUUUGUUUUGUUUAUUGCAUUUUUAUUGAAUUAAUUUUAGGUAAAAUUUAAAUUAAAUUCUUGUCAAGUUCUCCUUAAUUUUGUCAAAUUCUUAAUUUCUUCUGAUGAAUUCAAAUAAACCUGUCUUGCCACAGAAUGUUCUUUCAAUGCGUUUUUAUGCUAAUUGGGAUGUUGAUCGUACUUCUUCCUCAAUCGCUGUACAAAGAACUUUGUCGAUGGUUUUUACCCGUCUAGUCCUCACAAAAACAUUAAUUACCUCUGAAACUACUCCUUUUACUAUUGCUGUUAGAUUACAGGGUAAUCGUCGCAUUUUACGCAGUAAUGAUUUAUGCAUUUCUCCCACAAAACUUGAAACUCCACUUGAUAUUUCUUUUACAAUCCAAUAUUCUCAUUAUGUCAAAAGAAAAUCAAAUAAUCUCCAAAUAUUAAUUCAAAGACGUAAACGUUACAAAAAUAGACAAAUUCCUGGAUUCAAAACUUUGGCAAUGGGAAGAUUAAAUUUGGACGAAAUUUUACAAUUUGGUGGUUCUAGAGAAAUAAUUAUUUGGGAUGCUAGUUGUUUAAAUAAAGCAAGGCAUUCAAUGAGAGAACUCCAUGCUGGCAAAAUUUACGUAAACUCUUGCUUCACCUCAUCUGCAGAAUCGCCGGAACCUUAUUCUGGUCCAUCCAGUUCUAGAAGACGGCAAAGACUUGUUGCUACAGUUAGUGAAAAAGAGCCAAUGGUUUUGAGUGAAGAAGAGCCCGAAGAAUUUACAACUGGGGAAGAAAGUGAAUCAGAUAUGGAUGACACUCCGAGAGGACGUUCUAAUGAUCAGCGUCGGCAGAAAAAAUUUCUUAAACAACGAAAUAUCAAACAAAGAAUUGUUGCUCUUCUUCGAAAAUUUAAACCUGAAGAUGAAACGGUGUUAGAAUGUCCCCUUUCUUCUCGUUCUAUAGUUCCUCCAACAGAGCAAGAAUUGGAAGAAAUAUUUGAAGAACUUGGAAAUAUUAGUGAUUCUGGCCCGGAACUUGAACCUGACAAAAUGAGUAAUCCACGACCAAAAAUCCGUCCAUUUUUUGGCUCUAAAUCAGAUAUUAUGCCUCCUAUUGAAGAUUAUCGAAAUGAUGAAUAUCCUUUUCUUUCGGAUGAAAUUACUGACGACAGUGAGUUUGCAAGUUCCAACGAUGAUAUCCAGCAAUCUCAACAACAACAAAAUAAACGGGAAUCUGAACCAUUUGAUGUGUCCCGAAAGGAAUCUCAUGGGAAACCAAAUUUUUAUGUUCGCCCUCCUUUACCUCUUACACACUCGGAAACUCUUCAAUCAGUAUUAUCAAACAUUGAACCUCCUCAAAACAAAGUUGUGCUUGAUUCUAUGGAAGAUUUGUUGAAACGGUUGGAUAAUUUGUCAAUGUCAAACAAUCAAAUUGUUCCCGAACAUAUAUGGAUUUGUUCAAGUAAAGAUUUAAAUUGGCUUUCUAAAGUUAAUUCAAAAGCAUUAGAACCAAUAAAUCUUUUUGAUUGCCCAACAGAAGGAAGUGUUAAAAUGAUGUUACAAGCUGUUAUUGGAAAAAUACAAAAUUUUUGUAAUUAUAAUUCAAUUUCUCCGCCUGUUUCAAUUAUUGGAGUUUUGGGAGGGGAUCAUUUACUUUCAAAUAUUUUGCGCGCUUAUGUUCACUUAUUACAAGACAAGGCUUGCAAAGAAGAUUGGCUUUAUUAUUUACGUUUUGCAUUGGUUUUACCUCCAGCUAGUGCUAUAGGCCGUUUGCUUAGUCAAGUAGCGGGUUUUGGUGGUUAUUCUGAAGCUAUAUGGAAGGUAAUUCAAAGUGUUUCUCUUGCCUUUCGUGAAGAAAAUUAUUCCAAUUUAACUGAUCAAUUAAUUGAAAUUCGAAAUUGUCUUGUCGCCCUCCAAGGUUCUCAGGAAAAUAAACGUUGUACAAAUUUACAAAUUGGAGAAGCAAUGUUACAAUUAUGUAAAAAUAAAAGUAGUGGAGGACAAUUUGGUUAUAAAGGCGAAAAUGGGACAUCUGAUAUUUUAAAUGGAAAAUUACAGGUAUUUGUCCCAUUUCUCGCCGAAUUAUUAACUUGCUCUACUGUUGGUGGAGAGCAGCCAUCAAACAGUGAAACAUCAACAAAUCUUGCAUCAUUACAUUUUAUUAGCAGUCAAACUGCACAGGCUGAUGAGCAUUUAACUGAGUUUUCACCUGAAUGUUCUUCAAUAGAUGCAAAUAUUGCCAAUUCUAUAAAUACUUCUGCAAAAACCCCAAGAUCAAUUUAUAACCCAACACAACAUUCACACUCUUCUCCAAGCAUUCCAUCUGCCUUAAAUGCAUUGGCUAAUACAGCAGGAAUUGAAUUAAAAGAAAAGGAAAUUAAUGAAGAUGAAAAUGUGUUAGAACAGAAACAUCAACUACAGCAGCAAAAUGUUAAUACUUCCCCACAACGAAAUGUUGGAUCUGCAAAAAUUCUACAUUCAACACCAACUGGUACAGAACCUUCAACCUCAACAUCUUCUCCAUUAACACGUGAACUCCAAAUUGAAUAUUGGACAACUUCAAAUUAUCCUUGUUCUCCACCAGCAUUUACUCAACAAACAGCACAAUCCUCUUUUCAUAACGAUUUUUGUAGUCCAUCAACUAGUAAUAUUUCAACAACAAGUGGUAGCAAGUUUUCAAUGAAAGCGUCAGUUAGAACACUUUCAAUUGCACGUGAACCUUUGAAUCAUUUGUUGUCAAUUCUUUUUGUGAAGGAAAGGAAAAAGGAUAAAGUGCUUCAAAAAUUGGGAAGGAGAAGUAAACAGAAAUCAUUUGAAAACAACUCUGCCGGUUUCUGUGCACAAAGUCGAGUUGUUUCUGGUGUAACUCGUAUUGUCUGUACUAGUGGAGGUGGUGGAAUUGGUAAAAAAGAUGCUGGAAUGAAUGUAACAAUUGAUGGAGUGUUGUGGAAAGGUGUUCGCUUUUUUCAAAUCUCUGCCCAAUGGCAAACGCAUGUCAAGCUAUUUCCUGUUACUUUUCCUAUGGAUUUACCUCUAAUGUCGAUCUUGCCAACUUGA